ACUUUUUUUUCUUGCAGUACAGCAAAAAUACGUCAAUCAAACAAAUGGUGUGAUUGUAGCCCUUAUUCUUUUCUAUCUUUCUCUAUCUACAUAUUUAUAACAUCACCUACGUGAAACUUUCUAAAUAUUCAUCGUAAUGCACGUAAUAAGUAUUUAUUAAAAAAAAACAAUCGAUCGCGUCAUUGUACAAUAUUGUACACAAAUGCACUAAUCAUGUUUUCGCGUAAUAUUUAUUAUUAGACGUCUCUGCCAAAAGUAGUCGCAAUUUCUUAAUAACCUGCUUAAUCAUGAAUUUCGACGAUUGCGCGAGUAGUGGCUAUGCCACGGCGGAAACCGUAUACGGAACUCACGAAGAUAGCCAUGUAGUGAUGUCGGAGAAGGUUCAGUCCCUCGCAGGAAGUAUUUACCAAGAGUUCGAGAAAAUGAUAGCACGGUACGACGAGGAUGUCGUUAAAACGUUGAUGCCUUUACUCGUGAACGUAUUAGAGUGCUUAGACUCCGCAUACCAAACCAACCAGGAACACGAAGUAGAGCUGGAACUCUUGCGGGAAGACAACGAACAACUGGUCACUCAGUACGAGCGCGAGAAGUCAGCUAGGAAACACUCUGAGCAAAAGUUACUUGAGGCUGAAGAUCAUUAUGAGGGUGAAAGAAAAGAUCUGACAGGGAGGUUAGAGGCUCUGGACAGCAUUGUACGUAUGCUGGAGCUGAAGCACAAGAAUUCCUUGGACCAUGCCAGUAGACUUGAGGAGAGAGAAAAUGAACUUAAAAAGGAAUAUGCUAAACUCCACGAGAGAUACACAGAGUUGUUCAAGACUCAUAUGGACUAUAUGGAACGCACCAAGUUGCUGCUGAGUACAGCUAGUGACCGCAGUGAGGUGCGUGGCCGUCUUGGUCUCAAUCCAGUUGGCAGGUCGAGUGGUCCCAUAUCAUUUGGGUUUGCAUCUCUGGAGGGCUCAGUCCAUGCAGUGGAGCAGACUGAGAGCAUCCCCGGUAGUCCAGUCAGUCUCUCAUCCUCCCCACCAUCGCCUCCCAUUGGAGCAGAAUUAGCAGCCGUCAGAACUGUGGAACGCGCCCACCAAACUGAUCCCAUCAGACAACAAAGCCAAGCUACGUCGCCAGUGGCGCCACCUACUGGUGCGAGUCGUUCGCAGACCAAAAGCGAGAAGCGCAGUGCGAACACGCUGUAUCAAGAGCUCGCCUUCCAUGACACCGACGUCACUAUCGCUGAGGUCGAUGAAGGCGCGGAUAUAACUGGGAGCUGGGUUCACCCCGGAGAGUAUGCGUCUUCGGUUAACGAUAACUACUUCGGUAUGGGGAAAGAAGUGGAGAAUCUCAUCUUGGAGAACAAUGAAUUACUGGCAACUAAGAACGCACUGAACGUGGUGAAGGAUGACUUGAUAGUAAAAGUGGAUGAACUCACCGGUGAGCAGGAAAUCCUACGCGAGGAAGUGUCCGCACUGAGUGCGGCGCGCGAGAGGCUUCGCGAACGAGUGUCCCAGCUGGAGGAGGAACUACGGCACUUGCGAGAAGCGGUCGGUGCCGGUGGAAGCGCAGCAGCGGGUGGCGGCGUUGGAGGAGGAGGGCACGAUGACGAUGAGGCUGACGUGCCGAUGGCCCAGAGACGGAAGUUCACGAGGGUCGAAAUGGCACGCGUGCUUAUGGAGAGAAACCAGUACAAGGAAAGAUUCAUGGAGCUGCAGGACGCAGUGCGUUGGACGGAGAUGGUGCGCGCGAGCCGCGUCGACUCCACCAUGGAUAAGAAGAACAAGCAAGGCAUAUGGAAGUUUUUUAGUAAACUUUUUAGUACGUCGGAGCGGCCCCAGCGUCCACUCUCGACGCCGCAGCUGCGUGCGGUCGCAGCGCCACAGCCACCUCUGCGACACUCGCGCACGCAGGCGGACUUCCUCGAGACGCAGCUCUCCGACCACCAUCACCGCCGGCACGACCAUGCACGCUGCGACCAGUUCCGACAGGUGCGGGCUCACGUGCGCAAGGAGGAUGGGCGUACGCAGGCAUACGGUUGGAGCCUUCCGUGCAAGAGCGGACAGACGCAACGUGGCGCGCUCUCUUUAUCGUCAGGCGGAGUACCCGUGCCCGUGCCUGUGUUCUGCAGACCGAUAGCGGAGUCAGAGCCCCAAAUGACGCUGCUGUGCGCAGCAGGCGUGGACCGAGGCGGUGGUCGCACGCCGGACGGCGGUUGCAUGGUGGGCGACAGUGUCUUCUAUGAUGGCAGAGAUAAGAAACAGGACGCUAUGUGCUUAGCGUACGAAAUGAGCAAAGCUCAGGGCUCGAACUCGCCCGAGGUAGAGCAAGGAGACGAGCAGCUCCCGAGCCCGCCCGAAGCACCAGUCGAGAACACGCUCUCUUCCCUCGUCUGGAUCUGUGCCAACACCCAGAACAAAGGCAUCGUUAUGAUAAUCGACGCUAACAACCCAGCGGAUGUUAUCGAAUCAUUCCCCGUGAGCGACAAGCACAUCCUUUGCGUGGCGUCUGUGCCCGGAGCGCUUGAUGACGACUACCGUGAACUGCGCGAACGUGACGCUCCGCCGUCCUCGCCCGCGCACGUGCAAGCGCACAACGACGCAGAGACCAAGCGACAUUCGCAAUCAUUGUUCUGCGUGGGCAAGAGCGACUCGACGGAUAGUCAGAGCAACGGUACUGUAACGAGUAACAGCAACGGGACAGGUGAAAACGGCGAAAAGGAAGUGGUCGUUGGAAGUACGAGGCUGGUUCAAGCAACUCUACUGACCCCGCCCAGUACGCCUGCUAAAGAGUCGCCACCACAGCAGCAGCCACCGACUGCAGUGAGUGGGAACAGCGACGUGGUCAAGGAGCCAAGUUUGAAAUCUGAACAAGAAACUGAGGGUGGUAAUGCUGACAGUCCGCCAUUAUCUUCCACACCAAUAAAUGCGUUAACGGAAGCUCGCAACUCACCGGAGCCUGGCGUAGAUGCGUUCGCACAGGAACAAUCGGAAGCCUUGACGGAAGAGGGCAAGCAGGCGGAGGAGACGAUGCGAGAUCGCAAGAUGUCUACCGUAAUGGCAACCAUGUGGCUUGGAACUAAAAGUGGCGAGCUCUACGUCCACUCUGCUAUUGGCAACUACAGUAAAUGUUUGGCAAGGGUUAAUCUGAACGAUGCGAUUUUAUCAAUCGUGUGGUGUUCGUCGCGAUGCGUGGUUGCUCUCGCAGAUGGUACCAUUGCCAUCUUUGCUCGUCUUCCCGACGGACAAUGGGACUUUUCUCAAUACUGGCUCAUGACGCUGGGCGACCCCAAGUGUUCAGUACGUUGCCUAAGCGCUGUGGGUGGCGCCGUGUGGUGUGGGUACCGUAAUCGUGUUCUGGUCGUGGAGCCUCGCUCGAGACGCCUUCUGCACUCACUCGAGGCGCAUCCAAGACAUGAGAGUCAAGUGCGGCAAAUGGCGGCUCACAGAGACGGCGUUUGGGUUUCAAUAAAAAUGGACUCGGCGUUGCGGCUGUACCACGCUCAUACGUACGCCCACUUGAAGGACGUGGAUAUUGAACCAUACGUGAGCAAGAUGCUGGGCACGGGCAAGCUGGGCUUCUCAUUAGUGCGGAUCACAGCGUUGCUCAUAAGCUCGGGUCGUUUGUGGAUCGGCACCAGCAACGGCGUGGUCAUCUCGGUACCACUCUCUGAGGGAUCGCCUGCUGCUGGAGCUGCUUCGGCCACCAAUUGCCUCGUGCCAACCUCGCUUGUCACCGCUUCUGGUUCAGUUGCGACUACGAGACCACCUAUACCGGGUCAUGCCGCUUUGGUGCGAGCCGGAUCAGUCGCGCCCGGUGACUGUAUUCCGCAUUGCUCAAUGGCGCACGCGCAGCUCAGUUUUCACGGUCACCGCGAGGCUGUUACGUUCUUCGUAGCGGUUCCCGGUGCCGCCCAACAGAACUCACCAGAUUCGCCGCCACCUCCAGCUCCACAACCGCCUACCUCGCCCACACAACGACAUUCCGCCACCGCAGCCACAUUGGCUACGUCCGCUGCACCUCCCAUGCUCGUCAUAUCCGGCGGGGAAGGGUACAUCGACUUCAGAAUAGCUGACUCGGAGAUGGAGGAGAGCGUCGUGGCGGCGGAGGACGGCUCCUCGAGCGGGCACAGCUCGCUAGCGGAGCGCGCGGCUCGCAGUCACCUCAUCGUGUGGCAGGUGGCCGCCGCCUAGCGCUGCGCGCCGCGCGUGCUCGUCCGCCCCCGCCCGCGGCCGCCCUCCGACUGCGACUACGUCUACGUGUGCACCUCCGCCAAGCCCGCCGACACCUUCCAAUCCUACGAGUAGAUGUCGUUGUACGUCGAGGUAAACGGAGCGUAG